GAAUACUCGUCCAAUCAGUGGAUGAAACCCCAGCUGCUCUUGAACGAUCUUCGCCAUCUUUGCGAUGAGUUGCUCUCGAAACCCUGUGUGUACAACAACAAGUGACAUGGAUGUCGCGGUUAAAACCCAAGUGGCCGAGCUUUAUCUUAAAGUUGGCCUCCGGCUUGCUGGCCUUCAAGAUCUUGCUUUCGUCUCGUUGAGAUUUGUCUUGUUUUAAAUACAAUUUUCGGGUGUGAUGCUUCUCCGCCUGCGCAUAUGAGCUCGGUUGGCAAACAUGUCGAGAAACGGGACAAGGUACAAUCCUGUUCCUGGACGGACUACAACUGGUAUCAGCGAGAUUUCUCCCAUUCCAAGGAAGACUGUGGGUAGCAGGGCCUUACCAAAUGAGAAGAACGGCAUCAAAUACCGCACAGUCCCUCUAGAGACAGAGAGUUACCCCAGCAAUGUUUCCCUCAUAUCGAGAGAGAUAGCGGGCUCAGGCCCAGCACAGAAUGAACCUACUUUAAUCACGUCCAGCUGGGGGAUCGGAUGGAAGAUACCAGCUUUGAUGACUGCAAACUACUGUUUUGCUCUCGGGAUCGCUGUCGCUCAUUACCUUCUUUUCCACUAUAUCGACCGGAAACCUGCAGACGGGGCUCACCCGUUGGUCCGUCAAUCAUAUGUCGCAACCACUUCUAACAUUCUGUCCAAUGCUUUCGGAUUUGCCAUUCGCGGAUCCAUGGCCGUUGCCUUCACUCAGUAUCUCUGGCAUCUCCUACGAGCCUACUCGAUGAAGGUAUCGACCAUUGAGCUACUGUUCUGCCUGCGGACAAAUCCUGUCCACCUUUUCAAAUAUACCGCAUAUGCAGCGACUCCCUCUUUGUGUGCUUUGGCGAUUUUCAUAUGGGGCACGCAGGUGGUGACAGGCUUUCCCCCAGGUGCCAUCAGUGUGAUCACAAGCCAGGCGAUCCACUAUAAGGUCAUGCCGGCUCCCUCAUUCAACGCAUCCUUUAUGGGAAAUGGCUCUGGAGUUGAGGCGCAGAAGUUCGCAUUGAUGCCAAUAGAACUUGGGGAGGACACGAACUCCUUCAGAAGAGCUAGCAUAGCUAAUGCAGCUUACGAUAACCUCCUCCUUCGAAUGACAUACCAAGUCAUGGUCAGCGGGGAGGCUCUUCCAAUGCCGUCAAUCUGUGGAGUCAACUGCAGCUAUAUAAUGGAAUUUGAAGGUCCAUACCUUGGCUGCGAGCAUUCCACGUCGGCAGAUUGGCACAACACAACAUUUUACGAAACUGAUGUGGGCCUGGUGGGCAACUUGAGUAUGAACAUCUACCAAGCGUCUGUUUAUGACCCUGGCAAAAUUGCCGGCCCAGGUCCCCCUCUUCCAAACAAAGGAACCUACUCUGCCAACUACUAUAACGGCACGACACUUUACCCACUGUUGGCCAACGAAGCCGCCUUGACCGAUAGUUCAAACACAUCCGUUCUAGCCCUGUCAGACAACGUGAAAUGUAGUUUUCAGCGUGCCAAGUACACUAUUAACCACCAAUACAUCAACAGCGUGCACUCCAGGAGCAUCAUCGCAGAACCAAUCGACAAACUCGUCAAUUUGAUUCCCCCCACCUAUGAAAACACGAUAUCCGUCCCUGGGAUUGGGCUUCCCAAAGGAUUCGACUUCGGAACCACUCCAGCAAACUGGAGCGACUCUGCGAAAGCUGUAUAUCGCGAUCUGCAGCAUUGCCAGAUCAUCGAUUCUAUGCUAUACUACAUCGAUGGGAACUUCACAGGCUAUCCAUCUCCAACUGCCAAUACCAUGAACAGCACGACAACGCCAGGAUUCAUGGAAGGAAUUGGAUGGAGCAAUUCCGUCAGUGGCACAGCAUCUGUACCAGCUAGAGCCGACGGUAUCCAAGGGGUCAUCAUCGAGCGGACCCGCUUCAACACUGCCUUCGACAAUCUCCAGCCAGUUGCCGACUCAGGAAAGCCACAAUUCAUCGUCAACCAAACAACUCUCAAUGACCAAUUGAUAAACAUCACUAUGUCAGUGAUGAUGGCGUACAACCAAUGGUCCACACAAGUCAACGCCACAGUCAUCGACUCCGUGAACGUCUACUCCUUCUCGCAGCCCCUAGUCCUCAUCCUCCCCUACUUCAUCACCCUUGCAGCAGCACUCCCCUUCAUCAUUCUGGGCUUCGCAGCGCUGAUCCGCAACGGCGUGUCCGCCACCGACGGCGGCUUCAUGCAAAUCAUCGCCACGUCCACUGGGAGCGCGGCUCUCGACCGUGCUGCGGCCGGGGGCUGCCUGGGAGGAGACGAAAACGCGCCGCGUGAGCUCAGGGAGCUGAAGAUCCGGUUUGGCGAGUUUGUGGGGAGAGGGGACGCAGGUGUUAAGAGGGCUGGGUUCGGCGUUGACGGGGAGGUUAAGCCUUUGAGGAAAGGAGCGCAAUAUGGCAUCGCUAGAUGGCUAUGAAAAUGCGAUACAAGAGCGGGAGGACGGCGAGAAGGUUGCCUUGCAGGACUCGCCGGCUCGCAGUGGCCACCAAGGACCAUUUUUCGAGGCACGGGCUGGAGGUUCCGUUUACCAACCGCACCUGCCACUUGACACGAUUUCCGGCCAGGGAUCUAAACUUCAGCCCCUAUCCAACCCCGCUCCCGGGUUUGACGUUUGAAAAUAUGAACUUUAUUAAAAGCUUGAUUUAGACUUGUCGGAAGCUGGGGUUUUUUUGGUUACGCGCGGCGGGCUGGUGUGGCAAAAACUCACGUGAUAGAAAAAUGUCACUGUCACAUGACCUAGAGAAAUAUUUGACCGGUAGCCGGAGGCUUAAGGGGGGGUCAGGGGGUCCCCCCUAAGAUUAAAGACUAUUAUCUUACCUCUAAGGGUAUUAAAAGAAUGCGCUCUCUUAAAGAGAGAAAAUCUGGCU